AUGAUGGAGGAAGGGCCCCCCAAUUCCAGCAAAGACCAGCAAGGCUGGUUCACGGCCAGGAACGGCAGCGGCAGCUCCUUGGACCUGGAGUCUGUGGUGCAACCCCUCGCCUUGAACCCGUGGGAUGUCGUCCUCUGUAUCUCCGGGACCAUUAUCUCCUGUGAGAACGCCAUCGUGGUGGUGGUCAUCUUCUACACCCCGGCUUUCCGGGCUCCUAUGUUCCUCCUCAUCGGCAGCUUGGCCACCGCCGACCUCCUGGCCGGUUUGGGGUUGAUCCUGCAUUUUGCCUUUGUCUACUUCAUGCCAUCGGAAGCGGUCAGCCUGCUCACGGUGGGGCUUCUGGUCACCUCCUUCACGGCCAGCGUCAGCAGCUUGCUGACCAUCACCAUCGACCGCUACCUGUCCCUCUACAACGCCCUGACCUACUACUCGGAGAAGACGGUCACCAGGACUUACAUCAUGUUGAUCCUCACCUGGGGAGCCUCCAUCUGCUACGGGCUCCUGCCCAUCAUGGGCUGGAACUGCCUGAAGGAGCCCUCCACCUGCAGCAUCGUCAAGCCCCUGACGAAGAACCACCUCAUCAUCCUCUCCGUCUCCUUCUUCAUGGUCUUUGCGGUGAUGCUCCAGCUCUACGUGCAGAUCUGUAAGAUCGUCUGCCGGCACGCCCACCAGAUCGCCGUCCAGAGACAUUUCCUGGCCAGUUCCCACUAUGUCACCACCCGAAAAGGCAUCGCCACCUUGGCCGUCAUCCUGGGCACCUUCGCUUCGUGCUGGCUGCCCUUCGCCAUUUACUGCCUCCUGGGGGAUUACAGCUACCCGGCCCUCUACACCUACGUCACCCUCCUCCCCGCCACCUACAACUCCAUGAUCAACCCCGUCAUUUACGCCUUCAGGAACCAGGAGAUCCAGAAAGUGCUGUGGACCGUGUGCUGCGGGUGCUUCUCCUCCACCAUGCCUUUCCGGUCCCACUCCCCCAGUGACGUCUGA